GUCUGACGCAUACUUGCGUCAGUCUAUAUCUAGGGCGCCUGCGUGGGGUUGAUCAGUAAGAGUUUUCGACAGCUUCUUGCGAGAUGAAAGCGAUCUGCGUGUUGAAGGGAACCGGGGAAGUGACCGGGACCGUCUAUUUUGAGCAAGCUGCAGAUGGACCUGUGACUUUAAAAGGAAGCAUCACUGGAUUGACUCCUGGAAAGCAUGGGUUCCAUGUUCAUGCUUUUGGAGAUAACACAAAUGGCUGUAUCAGUGCAGGACCUCACUACAACCCUUUUUCAAAACGUCAUGGUGGACCAGGUGAUGUUGAAAGACAUGUUGGUGAUUUAGGCAAUGUGGAGGCUAAUGGAAAUGGUGUGGCUGUCUUUGAAAUCCAGGAUAGUCACAUCCAUCUUUCAGGGGAAAGGUCCAUUAUUGGGCGUACACUUGUGGUUCAUGAGAAGGAAGAUGACUUGGGAAAAGGUGCUGAUGAGGAGAGCACUCUAACAGGAAAUGCUGGAAGUCGUUUAGCCUGUGGUGUGAUUGGAAUCGCUAAAGAUUGAAAUAAACUUGUCUGUGGGGAGGAGAGAAUUGGCAUGUAACAUUUCUAUAGGUUAGCAUAGUUAACCUGUCAACUACUGGUCCAAAAAUAGUCUAAUGUGCAGCAACUUCAUGCAGUAUACUUUAAGCUACAUAAUGUCUAUAGUACAAAUGAGACAUUUGGUUUAACUGGUCUAUGCUUUAAAUUCCUUAAAGAUAUAUUGUUUAAUCCUAAAUGCACAAAUUGUAAGUAACAUUAAGUUAGAACUUGAUUUGUUGGCCUGGAAGUUCUUGACGUUGGAAUUUGUUUAUCUGUUAGAGCUUGAGUUAACCCAAUAGCUGGAAGCACUGAACAAUGUAUUGUCAAACCAAUCUAAUAAAGCAGUGUCCUUUUUCUUUCAA